AUGAUUAAGUUCAGGUAUAAACGCAAGGAUACUCCAAAGGAUUCAAAAGAUUCUAGUAAAACUACUGCGAAUUCUAAUGAGAUCAUAUUGACGAAAGAUGAAAAGGAGCUCUUCUCCCAGCUUCAGUAUUCUGCCGAGCGAGUGUUGGCACCGGAUUCAUUAAGACGAGCUUUGGCUGGCCAUAAUCCAAGAUUUAGACUUGGCUCGAUGGCAGACGCUAGCGAAUGCUUCGAGCAUAUCUUGCUUAGAUUACAUGCUCAUUUGACAGGUACGGCCAAUGCUAAUGGAAGUAUCCAAGACUUUUCGACGAAUUGCGGGGAUUCAUGUACUUCCCCGAACUGCGUGCCUCAUCGUAAAGUUGCGAUUUCUUUGCUGGAAAGGAGCGUCUGCCAAAAUUGCUCGGCGAGCAGUGAAUCUCUACCUUUCACCCAGAUGGUGCAUUACGUGAGCGCAUCUGCCGUGACCUCGCAGCAUCGCGCUCUUCGCCAACAAGGAAACAAUAUUGUUCCUGGCGGCGCAAACAAUUGCACGAACAAUGCGAAUGGGUCAAACACUUUCGGACUGCUGCUUCGUGCUGCAGGAGGAAUGGGAGAUAUUAGAGAUUGUCCGAAUACAUGCGGUGCCAAAAUUCAAAUACACCGCACGUUAACUAAUACUCCAGAUAUAAUUUCCGUGGGAGUAGUCUGGGAUUCGGCCAAUCCGACCCAAGAACAUGUAGCCGCAGUAUUGGACGCUGUUGGUACCAAUCUACGUCCUGGUGAUGUUUUCCACUGGUGUGCUCAUCAAGCUUGGGCUAGAAAUACCAGCCAUUCUCUCGUUGGAGUUGUCGCUUAUUACGGGAAACACUAUUCAACUUACUUCUUCCAUACGAAGCUAAAAGUGUGGGUUUACUUUGACGAUGCUACCGUGCAGGAAAUCGGUCCACAUUGGGAGCAAGUUGUCGAACGCUGCAAGCGAGGUAGAUGCCAGCCACUUUUGCUGCUUUAUGCAAAUCCGAAUGGUACUCCUAUUGAAAGUACCUCCAACAACAAAGGUUCAGUUCCAAAUACAAACAACGUUAUCAACAAACUGCCAGAGCACGAAUUGAACACUGCCCAAUUGUUGGCAAAUCAGAAUUACAUGCAAGCUAUGUCUAAUCCAAAUAUGGUUGUAAACAGCAAUAAUUUUGUGCAGCAAAACAUGAAUAAUUCAAAUUAUUUAAUUGGAAAUGGACCACAGAGUAACCAAUUAAUGCCUUCCCAAAAUUAUUCGCAAAACUCACAUAAUCAAAGCAACGGAUCACAAGUUCCUAAUGGACAAAUGCACCAUAAUGGAUCUAUGAUGUCGUCGAUGAUCAGGGCAAAUACCCCAAGCAAUUUGGACAAAGGGAUGGCUUUUAUGGUAAAUGGUGGAAACACUAUGACAGUUCAGCAACAGCAAAUGCGAAGAUGCCUUACUCCCGUUGUAGGAAAUAGAAGUCAACUGGCUCCAAAUCCUCAGAACGAUUAUCAAAACUUGACUGUUAUUCAAGAGGCUAUGAGCUCCAAUGGUGGCCCACAAUCUAGAGGUUUGCACAGAUCGCUAAGUGCCGGUUCUUCCUUACCACACAUGGCACAACAGCACACGAAUCAAAUGCAACAACAGAAUUUGAAUCAGUCGUAUAUCCAGCAAGGGUAUACUGGUCAAAAUAUUAAUCAUUCUCAAAUCGCCAGUGGCCAACAAGAAAAAGCCCAAGUAAUGCAAAAUACUGCGCAUAUAAAUCAACAGAAUGGUGUGAAUCAGGCGUUAUCUCAUUUAUCAUCAAUAAACGAUACUCUGAAUGAUGCGAAUCAGGCAAGGAGACGAGAUUCAAUAAACCAUCAACUAUCAUCAAAUCAACAAAUUAACACUCAAACUAUGAAUCAUAUGCCCCAAACUGGAUUAAAUCAAUCGGCUAUACAAACUCUUUCACAGGGUGGUGAUAGCUUAUCGCCCAGCGAUUUGUCGCUACCUGAACAUAUCGCUAUGAAUUUGCCGAGAAGGAGGGAUUCUGGAAAUUGGAGUGGAGAUAGAAAUUCCGCAUCUAGCGCUUCUUCCACCACAGCUACAGAAUGUGGUAAUAAUCCAGCCGCUAUGCUAAAUUUCCAUGGAUUACAUGGUAAUGGCAAUAACGGAGGAAAACGUAUGAAUCAACUAGGAUUAGACCAGGGAUAUGAUUCAUAUUCCUUGUCUUCAACCGAUUCAUCUUCUCAUAUGUCAACAUGCUCCAACUCUAAGUCCAGCCACAUGCAGUCUCCAAAUCUGGCCCAAAUUCCUGAACAAUAUGAUAUGCAAUCUCCUUUGAAUUUUGAUUGCGAGCAGUUGUGUGAUGAGGUUGAGAGACUUUUAGAAGCAAGUAGGAGAGCUGAAGAUGCACAAGACCUGAAUACAGCGCUGUCUUUGUGCUCCAGAGCCAGUUCACAGGCUAGACUUGCGAUGAAUGCACCUUACAGCAACCCAAGAGCCAUGACACGAGCCCGUAUGAAGCACAACACAUGUGUCAUGAGGGCCAGAGGUUUACAGAAAAGGAUGGAACCUGCUGGAAAAGUACAACCAUCACAUUCUAGGCAGAGUUCGAAGGAUAAAUCAUCAGGUUCGACAAGUGGUCGUGCAUCAAGCAAUCACUCGAGGCAGAACUCACGAGAUAGCAUUGAUAAAAAUUCUUCAAAUAAAUCGCAUGUUAACAGCGAACCUGUCAACAAAGUCAGCAGAUAUCCAAUAAUCAGAUCAACGGGUAAUUUACCACAGUUUUUCAGGAAAGAAACUAAGUCAUCUGAAAAUGGUGCAGUGAAGAAUAUUGAAAUUUAUGCCACAUUACCCAAGAGAAAUAAGUUAUUAACACCUCCAGUAAGCCCGAGUAAUUCACAAGCGAAUCAAGCAAAUGAAAAACAGAGCCCGGCAAACACCUCAAAUGAACGGCCAAGUAGAAGUUUAUUUGGACGCCAAAAGGAUCAAAGCAAGCGUAGUAGAAGCGAAGAUCGCGGCAAAAUACAAUCUGAUUUAUCGGUUAUGCCAGAUAAAUCAGAAUCGUUAGCCAACGCAAAGGACACUUUGUUGCGUAGAAAUAAAGAUGAAGAAAAAGUAGACAAAGACAAAGAAAAGGCCGGUAAAAAGCAACAUAAAGUGAGAAGAAAGCUUUUGAUGGGUGGUUUAAUAAGACGUAGAAAUAGAAGCAUGCCGGAUCUAACUGGAAAGUGA